AUGCUAUUAUACCCCGUCGGCGACCAGUUGUGGCAUCUGACUGCUGGCCACUGGUUGCACAUCAAAGCGACGUAUCGCUCCUCCAGCACCGAGGCCGCCACCUUGCGUUUCAUCAAAGAGAACACGACAAUCCCGGUUCCCUCGGUGCUCGCGCACUUCUCGUGGUGGUCGGUCGACUAUCUCGUCAUGACUCGAGCCAGCGGUGUGCCUCUCGACUGGGCCUGGAGCAAGCUAUCGGAUUCCCAGCGUCAAGAUAUUGUGGCACAGCUGGCGGACUUCGUAACACAGAUGCGCGCGUUGCCACCACCGGACGAGAGUCGUAUCUGCUCGGUCAUCGGUGGUCCCAUACGUGAUUCACGCGCGUAUACAGGCCCCGAAUGCGGUCCAUUCUCAGACGAGGCCCACUUGAACCUGCAAUUGCGUAAUGGUCGCCCAAUCGAGGACUUUGCGCAGCGGUUUCCCGCACUGCCCUCCAUGCAUCGAAGGCGUCACCCGAUUGUAUUCACUCACGGGGAUAUCGCCCCUCGCAACAUAAUGGUCAAGGGUACGAGAGUGACCGCUCUCUUGGACUGGGAAAACGCAGGGUGGUAUCCCGCGCACUGGGAAUACUGCAAGGCAUAUUGGGCGUCUUGGGGUCCCGAUCACUCUUCUUGGUCUGCAUACUUUUCUCAGUUUAUACCCCGCUUCCAGGAGGAAGCAGACGUCGAUUUACAGCUGUGGCAGGAGACAUGGGUACCCAGCACCCGAGUCUAG